AUGUCCACAUUUGGUACUAUCUUCCGUGUCACUACAUACGGUGAAUCCCAUUGCAAAUCUGUAGGAUGUAUUGUCGAUGGUGUUCCACCAAACAUGUCACUUACGGAGGCUGACAUCCAGCCACAGCUCACAAGACGUCGUCCUGGCCAGUCCAAACUAACAACUCCAAGAAAUGAAAAGGACCAAGUUGAAAUCCAAUCAGGUACAGAGUUUGGUAAAACCUUGGGUACUCCCAUCGCCAUGGUUGUCAAGAAUCAAGACCAAAGACCUCAUGACUACUCCGACAUGGAUAAUUACCCAAGACCUUCACAUGCGGACUACACUUACCAGAUGAAGUAUGGUAUCAAGGCUUCAUCAGGUGGUGGCCGGUCUUCUGCUAGAGAAACCAUUGGUCGUGUUGCAGCGGGUGCAAUUGCUGAAAAAUUCCUAAAGCAAAUCAAUGAUGUUGAAAUUGUUGCAUUUGUCUCCUCAGUUGGCGAUUGUUCCAUCGAUAGAUCCUGCUUAAAUCCAGAGUUUAUGGAAUUGCUACAAAAUAUCACCAGAGAUCAGGUUGAUGCUGCAGGUCCAAUCAGAUGCCCAAUCCCUGAGAAGGCAAAGGAAAUGACCAAAAUCGUUGAAACGGUCAGAGACGAACAGGAUUCAAUUGGUGGUGUCGUCACUUGUGUCAUUCGUAACUGCCCAAUAGGUUUAGGAGAACCAGCCUUUGAUAAAUUAGAGGCAUUAUUGGCUCACGCAAUGUUGUCAAUCCCUGCUUCAAAGGGCUUUGAGAUUGGUUCAGGCUUUGAAGGUACUAAAAUUAAAGGUUCUUUACAUAACGAUCCAUUUGUACAAAAGGGCGAUAGACUGGGUACCAUCACUAAUAAGUCCGGUGGUAUCCAAGGUGGUAUCUCUAACGGUGAAAAUAUCUACUUCUCCGUCCCAUUCAAAUCACCAGCUACAAUUUGUCAAGGCCAAAAUACGGCAACUUACGAUGGUCAGGAGGGUGUCUUAAACUCAAAGGGUAGACAUGAUCCAAAUGUCGUUCCUAGAGCUAUCCCUAUCAUUGAAGCUAUGGCCGCUUUAGUCAUUGCAGAUGCUUACUUGAUUCAGAAAUCAAGAGAAUCCUCAUUUAAUGCUGUCUAUUAA